AUGGCCGUCUUUAUGAUAAACAUUUGUAAGUUCAACGGUUGUGGAUUAACAUUUCCAGGCCUGGGAGACUUAAUCCAACAUAUUGAAGAUACUCACAUAGACUAUGAUCCAGUUGUGGUAGAGCAAAAAGAACAAGCCCAGCCAUCAUGUAUUCCAUUAUCUUAUGUAUUAAGAUUUUUUACUGAUGCAGCUAGGCAAGAGAAUUUAAGUGAGACACACAAAAAAAUAAUAACACAAUCAUCUCCUGUCGGAAUGAAAUGUUCAAACUCAAAUUCUAGUAUAGGAUCUAGUCUUCAAAGUUCAACACCAACCGGUAGUGAUAUGGAAGAUGAAGAUGCAAGAAGUGAUUCUGAAGAUAGUAAUGACUCUUGGACAACUCCAGAAGAAUUUAGCGCUGAAUUUAUAUUAAGCCUUGCUAUUAAAUCAAGAGUUCCAGUUGUAAAUAAUAAAAAAAAUAGUGCAGUCGGUUGGAUAGCUACUAACACCAAAGAUAACAACAAUGUUGACAAGCCUUUUGCUUGCCCUGUGCCCGGAUGUAAAAAAAGGUAUAAAAACGUUAAUGGAAUUAAAUACCACUCUAAAAAUGGUCAUAAAAAAGACGGAAAAGUGAGAAAGGGAUUCAAGUGUCAUUGUGGUAAAAGUUACAAAACGGCACAGGGAUUGAAAACUCACACAUCCGGGUAUCACAACGGCGCAAAUUUAACAACAAUAACAACACCGACAGGAGAAAUAUUACAAAUCCCAACGAGCCAAGUAACGACGCUUCAACCCCUGAGAACACUAACAGUGAAGCAAAUAUCCGCAAGUAGUUUAUCUAGCCUAGGUCUUCCAGUUAAAAGCAUUCAAAGUGUGGUUGUCACGACAAAAUCGGCCAACGAACUGUUGAACAAAAAUUACGACGUAGAUAAUAAUAGUAAAACGACAACGUUGAGAGUUUUAAAAGACAUUAGUCUCCCCAUAGUUAAAAAUAAUACGUCACUUCAUUUGUCGUCGACGGCAUUACAAUCAUUAGUUACAAACACGAAGGUGAACGAUAAAGACAAUAAUAAUGGCGACGCGAUACGAAUGGAGGUAAAUGAAAAUUCGGGAAUAAAUUACAAAGAAAUAGAAAAUGUGUCAAAUUACAUGAAUAAUGGUAGCGGCGGCGGCGGUGGCGGCGACGACGACGACGUCAUGUCGAGAGAUCAUCACGCGACAAUAUUAGAUAUUGGGGAAAUAAAAGAUCAGGUUUGCGGCGUCGUCGAUUCCGAUAAUAAUAAUAAAAUAUUUAAAAUAAAAAUGCAACCGGAAAAGGAAAAAUUAAUUAAACUCAUGUCGAACGACGACGGGGAAAAAAUUCAGGUCGGUCACCUUCAAAUAAAGUUACCAGAGCCCAAAGUCAAGUUGACUACGAUCAAGCCAACUUCAAUUAAAUUAUCUAGUCCACAAGUAAUAACUAGUCUUAGAAACAGAUUAGAUAGUAAUAAAAAUAAUCGCGUUUUAGCGCAGGAAAAUUUAGGUAUAUUAACUCCCGCAUCCUCUCCCCUCACAUCCUCACCUGAUGGUAAAUCUGUAAAUUUUCAGAACAAAUCACCUUCUCCCGGUCUCCCAUUGACACCCGUUAGCCCAAUAUUAACGAAUAACAAAUUAAACGCCGCAUUAAAUUCUAAUACCGAGGGAAGAGAACGAGGAGAACAACAACAACAACAGCAGCAGCAACACGAAAAAAUGGACGUCACGGAAAAUUGUUUGGAACAAAUGGAUACACUUCCGGAUACUUAG